CGCAAUGUAAACAGUUGUCAGAGUGCAUUCGUAGGAGAAGCAGUGUGCAAGUUCUUGUCAGCGAAGUUUUGUGACGUCUUGAAAUGGCGACACCUAAACAAGUGUUGAAGAGCGUGGGGCCCAAGCUGGUGCCGUUCUUCAAGACGGUGGCCAUCUACUUCGUGCUGUUCAUCCCGGUGGAACAGCCCUCUUUGUUCGCCAUGGUGAUCAAGUGUCUGCCGGUGCUCUCCCUCAUCGCGUUUGUGCUGCUGCAUGGGAUGAGCCUCGGGGAAGAGUACACGUAUUCGAGAAGAAUCCUCCUGGGCUUGAUUUUCUCAGUGGUGGGAGACGCCCUGCUCAUUUGGGAGGACUUCUUCGUCCAUGGCUUGGGCGCUUUCCUCGUGGCUCAAAUAUUUUAUAUUUCUGCCUUUGGCUUUAGGCCUUUCAACAUAUAUGUUGCUACAGUCUGCUAUUCUUUAAUGGCUUUAGGUGUGUACCUCCUGAUGCCUGGAACUUCUGGAGCCAUUAGCUUUGGCAUGCCAGUCUACACCUGCCUUCUGCUGACCAUGGUAUGGCGUGCAGUUGCCAGAGUUCAGCUUUUUGAGGAAUUAUGGACUUGGACAAAGCUAUGCUCCUGUGUCGGAGGCAUUCUGUUCGCUGUGUCAGAUUCAUUUAUUGGUUUUAAUUCCUUCUACUGCCAUGUACCACAUUCUCAGGCUAUUAUCAUGAUUACAUACUAUGCAGCACAGCUGGGAAUUUCACUCAGUGUUGUGGACAGCAAGGCAAGCUACCUUGACUCUUUACGCGAUGUAAAGCCUCAGACUGAUAUGCAGCGUUGCUGUUCACAGCCAGUGUCAGACAGCGAAGAUGAACUCAGACAAGACUGUUCACCUUGCCACAUCAGGGCUUCCUUUACAGAUGACAACAGUACCUUGAUUCAGCGAAAGAUUGUCUCCAUGAAUAGUACUCAUUAGGUGUAAUGACUCUGGUUUAAAGACAAGUAGAUUAAAAAGGAAACAUUUUUAUGGUGUGUAAAGUAGUCCAUAUAGACCCUUUCAUCAAACAUGAUCUAUACACAUCAGUGUGUGCUAGGUCUUCUUAACACCUCUGAUGUCUUCUCCUUUGGGACCAGGUUAAGUAUUGCAAGAGCUCAGGUGUAAAUUUGCAUCUCUCAUCGUUUUGAUUUCAAGGGUUUGUGGAUUGGUCUAGAAAUCGGAGGGACUUUCAUCUCUCCAUCCACUUAAUUAUGCCAAAAUAUGUUUCGGUGAUAAUGUAUAGUCAGUAGCUCACUUCAACUUUUUUUUAUUAUUAAUAUUAUUUUUUGUAUAUGUUUAUCAUUCUUCUGUACCUUUCUUGUGUUUGUAAAUAUCUAUCUAGGGCAUUGUGUCAGUACUCUCACAUUUGCUCAAGAAUUGUGAUGCAGUCAUAAUGUAAUGUCUAGAAAACGUGUCUUUCGUACUGGUACCAGAUUGGUUGUGCAGAUUCCAUUUGAAAAGCUUAUGCUAUUAAAAAAUUAAGCAUAGAGGAAAAAAAUCUAAACUUUGACCAUUUUAUACAUAUAUCUUAAUCUCUGUCUCCAUACAUACAUACAUACAUGCAUACAUACAUACAUACAUACAUACAUACAUACAUACAUACAUACAUACAUACAUACAUACAUACAUAUAAAAAGUUCUUGCUUGUUCCGUACCAUAAAUCAGUUUGCACUGGAGGGACCGGUCUUCCUUCAGCAAGAGACUGCACCACAGUCAACCAAUACAGUGUAAGAGCAUGACAUGUGAUAAAAGCAACAUCAGAAGGAAUACCAAAGUAAUGUGAUUUAUUUAUUCAUGAUAUUCUAUUUACCAAGCUGGUUCCUGUUGCCCCUUGUGGUUGGUUUGCAGAUUUGAUAGGGUUAGAAGCAUGUUUUCGAUAGAACUAAUCUUUGUUUAUAUUGUAAAUACAUGUGUGACUUACAGUAUUUUAUGGCAGGGUUAUUUAAUAUUUUAUAUUCUAUAGAGGACAUGUGUUUAGAUGGAUUGUUGUAAAACUGGUAGCAUGAGAGAUGAUUCUUCUGACUUACAAAGCGGUGGAUAUUGCUAGAAUCUCGUAAAUCUUUUUUAUCUAUUUAUUUCCCUUUCCUAUAUCAAAAGAGAGAGUAUGGUUGGAACGAAAAAAUGCUGGAGAUUUUUUUCCUGACUGUAAAUAUUACCUGUGGAGAGACUUAAUGCCCCAACCUGUCUGGCAAUGUACAAAAUAUUUUCCUGAUCAGUGGAGUGGUAGCCUAUUUAUUUUUCUAUGGUGUUACUGGGAAAAGAGAGAAAAAAAUAUAUGGCAACCACAUUCUUAACUGAUUGAAAUAAAUAUUGUUUUCUUACUGCAUUCAUAUGAAAAGUACAGAACAGAAUAUCAAAACUUUGUAGUUAUGUAUCUCAUUGCUACCUCACAUUUAGAUAUUUUGACGUUCUGAAAAAGCUUGAUGUGAAUGUAUUACAGACUUUGUUUAUAUUUCGUAUGUUGAACAGUAAUAACAAAUAGCAUAAGAUAAUUCUAAUAAGGAAAGGGGUUUCAAUGGAUGUUCAUUAAUAAUAUUUAAGCCUAGUAGUAGCAAUGUGUCUGUUUAAAAAAUUAAUAUCUUAAUAUACAGUGUUUUCAUAUAGGCAAACUUCCAUUUUUUUAUUUGAUUUUUUUUUUUUUUAAUAGGUUUGUUUGAAUCUGAAGUCUACGAAUAUCAUCUUUUUCCUAAAUGUUCUGCAUCAUGGAUAGUUUUUUCUGUUUUGUAUUUGAGUUUGUACCCAAAACACCUUGUAAUUUUUAUUGCCUGAUUACAGAGAUAAAAAAUGUCCACAUUUCUUGUUCUGUUGUUAUUGUUAUGAUUUUUUUCUCUUUUUUGUCUUAUUACUAUCAUUUCACACAUGUUUUUUUAUCACAUGUAGUCAUAACUAGGAGCAUGUUGAUAUUUUUCAUAGACAAAUUGAUAAAAUUCAGGCCUCAUCUGCAAGGGUGAUCACUUACCUCUCUUCAUAAAAUGAACAUGAAAACAACUAUCUGGCUGAAUUAAUUAUUUACUGCAUUCAUAUUCCAUACAAUGAAGUAUGGUUAUGUCUAUAAAUAAAAAAAAAAUGGUAAGCAGUGAUCAUAUCCAACAACUUGUCUCCUUUAAAGGUGUUUAAAGAGGGGCAGCCCUUGUUUGUGCUGAUUCUUCCUUUUGUUAGGUGUUCAUUUUGUGGCAUUUUCCCACGUGGAAAAUUAAGACCAAAUGUCUCCUAGGGGGUACAUUUUAGACAGAAGUUUGUUGCCUUCCAGAUGAUCGCACAUACCUUGGGCAGUUGGUCAUUAAGCGUGGAAGUGAUCAGUAUCUUAAAGUGAUUUGUUAAAUUUUGAGUUGCAUUACCCAGUGUUUCUGUAUGUACAUAUGUAUUUUUUUCUUUUUGCUGGCGGAUUUGACUUUAAUGUAUUAUAGUAAGAACAACCUUGUCUUUUGCAAUAAUAAGCAUUGAGUAUUAUCAGAUGAAGGUGCUGAUGGAGCAGUGUUUCUUAUAUUUGUUUAGUUAAUUAUUUUAACCUUAGUUUUCAUAGGAAGAGGUUGAGCAUGUAGUUGCACUUUGUUUAUGAUUUUUUGUUAUAUACAUUUUUUAUCAGUAUUCAGAAAACCUUGCAUAUUUUGUUGUAAUACUUGCUGUAUGACUACGAUGUAAAGGUUCACUGGAACUAGUAUUGCAUUGUGUCCACCAUCUCUUGAUAUAGAUACACAAUGGUGUUCAGUAUGUGUAUAUAUUAUUUGAAGUAAACAGAGAAGGAAGCAUGAAAGGUGCUUAAUAUUCAGUCAGAAGAGACAGUCAUUUUUUUAAUGUUAUGACUAUUUUGUAAUUCUAAUGCAGUUUUCCAAAAUAUUUUUAAAUACAUCAUUAACAAAAUAAUAUAUAUUUCUUAUACACAGGGCUGUUCAGUAUUUCAAUACACAGUGGAAAUGAGUGCCAAUGUCUUAUAUAACAUCUGUUGUUUAUUGCUACACUAACCAUUGGGCUAAACAGUUUGCUCGAAAAGGUUAGACCAUUGUAAACAUUAAAGGAGUUAUUCUAUUA